CCCUGUGAGGAUCUCUUACUCCCAGAACUGAAGCCCAACAAGCUAAGAUACAAAGCGCAAGAGCUUUAACCAACGCUCAUUGGCUUUCACUCUGGGCUUGUAAGAGAUGGAUAGGUUAGCAGCAGGACACAGGCAAGGGCCUGCUGAUAACUUAAGAGUAUCUUCUCAACAGUACAAACUACACUUACCUAUGGUACUAUACUUCCCCUCUGUCAUUAUCCUGAACUGCUACAAAAUACAGCUUAUCAGUGAGAGAAUAGCCAAAACAGAGAUUCUGCAGUACCGGUCAAACUACAGUAUUGCACACAGAAACCAAUUAAUCUUUCCCAUUCAAAUAAAGGCUUAUCUAUAGAGGCAGACAGCUCAAAUGAAGAGCCUCACAGUCAGCUAGUGGGACCGAGGAUGAAGCCGACGUUUCUAGCACUGGUUGCCUGCGCCGUGGCUGGCAGAGUCCCAGGGUGGGUUGUGCCAGCUUUCGCCACCAGCCCCUGCAUAAUCUUCUUCUACCUGGGCCAGGAGCCCCAGGGGUUCAGGCACAGCAACACCACUGCCAGGAUAUGUCAGAUACUGGGCGGAGGACCACACUACGCUACCCUCUACGACCGGGAAAAACACAUCCCCUUCUACUCGGCUUACAUCAUCCAGCUGCCCUGCUUCGGUGAAGCUUACUGGAAAACGGGAGAAUGGUACAUCGAACCGCAGCUCGUCGAUGUCACUUGGCCAAUUCAGAUGCAGACCAUGAACGAGACCUUCCAGCUCAUGUCCACACCGACGACCAGAGCAGCUUUCAAGAAGCAGGUGCGAGAGAGCCAGGCCACAGACGACAAUUACACAUGGCUGGGCUAUUACCGCCAACGCCUGCACCCCAACUACCUGCAGGGGAGCAGCGGGCUGCUGGCCACCUUCGCCCUCACCGCCCAGGCGCCCAUGUACCACAGCUUCAACCGCAACGUCUGGUUCCUCAACCCCGUGACCAUGGUGCACGCGAAGACGACCAGCAACUGCACUGCCCCCACAGACGUCUAUGUGGUCGCCGGGGUCGUGCCCGAGCAGGGGGUCGGCGCGAGGGUCAGCCGGCCGGCUUUUGUGUGGACGGCCACGUGCUGUGCCGGCAGGAGCUACUCCAUUGCUUUCUUCGGGGAGGGGGACCCCCUGGAGCCCACCAUUGUCGAAGUGGAAGUGAGCACCCUCGAGAGCCGGCUCAGCCAUCACUACACGGGGAGGGUGACUAUAUUUCCUGGAGGGUGCAGCUAAUACCAGCCAGCCAGUUUUAAAAGGCUUGCUUGCACUGCUACAAAUGCUUUUGCACCCCCCCAAAAAAAAAAAAAAAAAACCCAUGAUGUGCAACACUCAUGCCUUGGCAGCUCAAGGGGUGGCAUGGAAUAGCAUUACAUUAGCAGUCCUGUGGUAGGUCACCUUCAAGGUGAGAGAGUUUCCAUUGCAAUAGGUUGGAAAACAUGAAUAAAGUGAACCAAUAAAAAAAACAGUCUCCACUCAGUUAGCACUCAGACUACCUCUUAACACUUAUAGAGGUGUGAUGGUAGCAUGCCAUUGGCACACUUUUUGGCUCAGUUAUUUAACUCAAGAACCUUCCUUUUUCUGCACUUUUCCUCUUACCGGUGUACUCAAGCCCAAGAUGUAUUAAGAUGCAGGUUGGAACAAGAUUUACAACUGCAUUCCUUUUUAAGGAUGCAAAAC